AUGGUCGAAACCGUGCCGCUUUCUGUUGCCAACCCCCUAAAAUUGGACCAUGGUGCGCAGCAGAACCCGGAUAGUGGCAGUGAAUCAAAUCUAGAAUAUCUCAUGAGCUCUUUCACCUUCGAGGGGGCGAAACCCCAUGACAUCCAGGCGGGGACCCUCCUUGAUACAUUUUUUUCCUUGGUCCAGCGGGAGGAGAGUCUUGAAAAAGGGCCAGUUGGAGAUGAUGCGGAAUCUCUAGCUCCUAUACCAAAGAGCGCUGAGGAUAACCCCCCUGGCAAUAAAAGAAACAACCAACUCCGCCCAGAGGCUGCAAGUUUCACACCAAACAUGGCUGGAAUUAGUUGUGACCAAAAGCUGGCGACAGGUACUUCUCAGAAAAGCGACCAACAGGCCCUAACCCUUUGUCCUCAUGGAUGUGGUCGCAGUUCCACCGCUGAGGCUCCUGUCGAUUCUAUCGGACCCGUCGCCCUUGUCGACGUUGGCGCUACCUCUUCCACUGCUUCUCGCUCUACUCCCGCUUCUCCCGCCGAGCAUCAUGAUAUGGCGAACGAUGAUAUUUUUGUACCAUCGUUUAAUCCCAUACGCACUGGGAUUGUGUUUCCGAUGGCUUACACGAUCGUGAUUCCAGUUCAUUCCGUACACCAACAUCUCCAGCCGGAAGCUGCUGCAACAUUCAACACUCAUCCGACCGAAGAAGUUUCAACUCUGCAAUCGCGACCGUCUCGGAAGGAAUCGACCCCCGCUGUCGGGCUCAAGGGUUCCAUAUGGGCCUCUUAG